CAUAAGUUUUUGGAAUGAAAGAUGGAUUGGAAUGGAGCCUUUUUGUGACUUGUAUCCCGCUUUGUUCGUAAAAACAGUUCAUCAAAAUGCCACUAUUUCGACCAUGGGGACAUGGGAUAAUAAUAUUUGGUCGUGGAAGCUUGAUUGGACAGACCUGCUUACCGAAACAGAAACUGUAGCAGCUGCAGAAUUAUUUUUACUAUUGGAACAGGUGCAGCCUUGCAGGAACAUUGCUGAUAGACGCCGGUGGAUCCCGAACACGGCGGGUAUUUUUUCAGUUCAAUCCGCUUAUGCGGUUCUGCUGAAGAGAGUUAACUUGGUGGAAAUUGAGCCAAAAACAUUGUCAGCUUUGAAGGAUCUUUGGAAUAAUAAUGUUCCGACGAAAGUUAGCAUUUUUGGUUGGAGGUUGUUAUUAGAUAAAUUACCAACAAGGGAGACUCUUUUCAAUAGAGGUGGAUGGACAGAAACUGCUUAUCUUUUGAAGAUAUCCCUCAACAUUUUAUUUUGUUUGGAGACAUUGCAAGAGGUAAACUUAGCAAAGGAUUCCGACAUGUUAUUUGGUUAGCGACGACAUGGAGCAUAUGGCGUAUGC